AUGUUGGUGAUCCUGUGGGACCCUGACACGCUCCUGCACAAGACCGUUGAGCUGUUGGGCUCAAACCUCAUUCCUGCACUAGAAUCACCGGAACGUCUCGAAGCAAUCCUCAAAGCUCUGCACAACUCUGAAUAUAGAGCUGGGACAAGGCCACUCAGCUCUCUGUGGGAAGGCCCAAAGUCGCGACUUCUGGAACUCACCUCAGAAACCCACGGCCACGAAUAUUUGCGACAUCUACGAAAUGUAUACGAGGAGUGGCUGUCAGCGGGCCUGAUUGAGCAAGACGGCCAUGUUCUGCCAGAGUGUUUCGUGUUCCCGACUUCGACGGGAAAGCCACUCCGCCCGCCCAGGGAUCUCUUUGCACGAGCAGGCUAUUAUGCCUUCGAUAUGAGCAGUGGCAUCAUGUCGGAGAGUUAUCGAGCCAUGAUUGCUUCCGCAAACCUUGCAUGCGAAGGGACGGACAUGCUUUGCGGCUUCGAUGACCGGCCCAACGAUAUUGACACAGUCGUAGCUCUCUGUCGUCCUCCAGGGCACCACUGCGACGGCCAACGAGCAGGCGGCUACUGCUACAUCAACAAUGCAGCUCUAGCGGUGAGUACAUGGCGCUCACAUCAAUCUGAUGCGCAAAUUGGGAUCCUGGACAUCGACUUUCACCACGGCAACGGCACCCAGGAGAUUUUCUACGCUGACGCCAAGGUCUUGUACGUAAGCAUUCAUGGCGAAGACGAAUUUCCAUAUUACACUGGCGUGGAAGACGAAACAGGCAGUGGCGAGGGAAAGGGUAUGAAUAUCAACCUCCCUCUCAAAGUUGGCAGUCCUAUCGAAGAAUAUCUAGAGAAACUCGACUACGGCCUGAAGAAACUAGUGGAAUUCAAGACCGAGUUCCUUAUCGUGAGUCUGGGAUUUGACACUUUUCAUGCGGACCCGCUGGGUCAUUUCCAGGUUCACACAGAAGACUAUGAGACUAUUGCGAGGACGACAAGACAGGCGCUCAAGGAGGUGCCCGCUCUCGUUCUUCUUGAGGGCGGAUAUGUUAUUGAGCACAUUGGUGCGAACAUGUUGUCAUUUCUCAAAGGAUGGAAGUCUGCCUGA